AUGGCCGAGAGUCUGGGGAAGAAAGAGCGGAGAAAGAGCCUGAGCGUCUUCAGCCCAUCAAUGACUACCUCUUCCCUUCCCGCCCCCGCCGCUCAUGAACGGUCGCCCUCCGAUGAUGCCCAGGUUCUGAAGAAGAAAUCGCGACGCAACUCGGGUUUCUUUGGGGUCCGGCACCCCAGUCCCCCGAGAGCCACGCCCACCCGUGGCUUACGUCGUCCCGGCACCGCCGAUUCGGAGUCGGCCACCUACGUGACCGCGCUGCCUACCGUGGCGCUCGAGGGCCCUCGCAGCCGGCGGAAAUCCCUACAGAAACGACGAACCUCCGUGUUUGGUUCCCUUCGGUCGCUACACUCCCAAGAAGAUGACGACCGGUCGCUGGGCCGCUCCAAAGGCUCAUCCCUGGACGAGGACCCUCCCGAGCUGCGACAUGGCAUUGGCUCCAUCAUCCUGCACCAUGGAGAGAUCUCCAUCACCGGAGGCAUGUGGCGGAAGAAGAGCCAUUACCUGGUUCUGACCGACACGCAUCUUGUCCGGUUCAAGAACCAGAGCAAAGCCGCCGAUAUGUUUCCCUCGAUCCCGGCUUCCUUCACCUCCCGCUCAGUGGCGGCCAACCGCCAGUCCGUCGCCUCCAUCAGUUCCCUGCAGGACCCCCAGCUGGCCGCGGCGAGCGAGUCCAUUUCCGGCAUUGCCUUGAACAGCAUCAUUGCGGUUUACAUGUUGGACGAUGGCCGACCGUCGUCAACGGUGGAGGUGGCCUAUGUGGAUGAACGGGCUCAAAAAGCCACCUUCAUCCAGAUGCAGACGCCCGACUUCCAGGAACUGAAUCUGUGGAUGGUGGGCAUACGCUCCGCGGCGGAAUUGAUCCGCGGAGCCGACCCGCUGGUCUUCGAUCAGAAGACGGCGGAUUGCGUGGUCCGCAUGCUCGAGUAUGAGCGGGACUAUGAUCCAGAGACCUUUCGAAUGUUCCGGGUCAUCCAGAUGGCGUCCAGCAAGUCUCCUGCACGGGCAUCAUCUGAAGAUCUCACCAAGCUGUCACCGACGGGCUGUUAUCUCGCCCUUGGGUCGCACAAGCUCCACUUGAUCCCGUUGCACAAGAUCUCCAGCCGCAGCUCCGUGGUAUCCUUGAGUGACCUGGAUGCGGCAACCUCUUUCGGACUGAUGAACCUGACCUGUCUCUCCAUGGAAUGGGGCGACGAUAGCCUGCAUCUCACGUUCCGUGUGCCAACGCGGAAACCGUUCUCGGUCUUCCUCGCAUCCGUGCAUUCCGUGGAGAUUGCCUUUUGGAUUCGACAACAGACCGAGUUCCUACGUCCCUUGUGGAUCAAACAACCGUAUGACUUCAUCGUCCCUCGGGACCUCGACAACGAGAGCAAUUUCCCUCCGGUGAGCUUGGACGAGGAUUACGGUUGCUUCGACCGGACAUUAGUCGCCUACUCGGCUAGCUACGACAUCGACACUUCCAACAUCCGAUAUACCAUUGACGUGCAAUGCGAUGACGCCCCGUGUUUCAGGCUCCUGCCGCCCGCCUCCGCUCGGCAGAAGAAGUAUACCGCUUUAGAGCUGAUCGCCGUCCUGCGAGCACUGCGAUACAACGAGUCCUUCCGGUCUAUAUCGUUUAGUGGUGUCAGCCUGGAUGUUCUGCAAGGCCUACGCGAUAUCUAUGGCCCGGAUAAAGACGCCCUGCUGAGUCGUGCCGGGGCGCCGAUCCAUAUCCCCGGUCAGGAGAACCUAUCGGUGUUGUCCCAGGAAGUGCGUGCGUUGACUCUGAAGAGCAAGUGGCUCCGACGUCUGGACUUCUCCUAUACCCUGAGCCGCAUUCCGAAGUCGGAUAGUGAAAGUCACGAUCCAGGAUGUGGAAUCCCUGAAGCCAUCUUCCCCAUUUGCCGACGAGAGCUGACGAGUGUUGACUGGGUGGUGUUGAACGGUAUCAAGCUGGGCGAUUCGGAUCUCGACUACCUUGUGGAUGCCUCGUCUCAACGGUCCAGUCACAUGCGAGCAUUGGAAGUGGGCAACUGUGGCUUGUCAGUUCACGAUCUUGACCUUCUCCUGUCCACGGUCGUCGCCCAGUCCUCGACUCUGGAGGCGAUGAACAUCUCGGGUGUUCAAGGUCGCCUCAGCCCCGACAUACUCCAGCAAUACCUCGGCUAUUUCAGCCAGAUCAAGACGCUCGACUUGUCUCGUAUCUCUCGCACCUCGGGCACAGAGCCUCUCAUCACCCCUGAGACAUUGUUCAACUGGCGCCUGGAGGAACUCUCGUUGAGCCGGACCCUCGUGAACCGCGAGACCGUCGAUGCCAUAGCCACAUACCUGGCCAGUGAUCGAUCUCGGGGUCUGCGCGUGCUUCGCCUGGACCAGUGUGGACUCAGCGGUCAAGACGUCGCCAUCUUCCUGCAUUCCAUGACAGCCAACGGGUUUCCUCGCGAUUUGCACAUUCACGUCAAUGAGAACCGACUUGACCAAGGCUGCUCGUACCUUUUCAAAGCCAUUGCACAAAACAAGACGCCAACUCAUAUGUCAAUGAGGAUGAUUGAUUUCAAGAAGGAGGAACAAUUCCAGGAGCUGGUGGAGGCCUUGCGAAAGAACCGGACCCUAAAAUGUCUGGACAUCUCCAAGGCGUCUCUUCCGUAUGAUGCUGGCCCUGAGACGUGCAAGGCGCUCCAGCUAAUGUUCGAGGAGAACGAGACGCUUGAAGAUUUGGAUAUCAGUGGCGAAAGCGCUCAUUUGGAUGUCGCUCGGUUUGGAAUUGGUCUGAAUCUGGCCCUGACAGGUCUGAAAAAAAACAAGUCCUUGCGAGUCCUGAGGAUCGAGCAUCAGAAACUGGGCCUGCAAGGUGCAAACACCCUGGCCUCGGUGCUGGAAGACAAUGAAUGUCUACGUGAAGUAUACUGUGAGAACAAUGACAUCAACUUACAGUCGUUCACGGUCCUGGUAAAUGGACUGCAGCGGAACAGAUCCCUACUGAGUCUGUCGUAUAUGGAUCGUGACCGCGUCCAGUCGCUCGACCGGGUCCGGCGUGAGAUCCGGAACGUGAAGCGGGAUGUAAGCCAGGCGCAGAGCUCGGCAACCAGCUCUAUUCGCCGUUCGUUACAUGCCGCCAUGAAUGGAAAGACGAGCAGCAAGUCAUCAAAACAGCAGCAUACGUCUGGUCACCGCUCCGGUGCCUCAGUAGCCUCGAGCCUGAGUGCUACUGCCGAAACCUCACCCCUCUUGCAGCAAGACGUGGAGGUUAUUCUUCAGUCGUUGAGCCGGAAAUGGGAUGGUGAGGUGGCUCGUCUUCGUCGAUAUCUGUACCGAAACUACAACUUGGCCCACGGUAUUGAAGAUGAUAUGGCCGGGUUGGACGAUGACACUUCGAGCGACGGACGCCCCACGACAGCCGGCAGCCUUGGAUUGAUGCUGGACCAUUUGAAACUAGACUUGCCGCCGGAGAUCAAGCCCACGAGCCCGAAAGACCAUUUGGAGAUGUUCAAGGGACUUGAUGCGGAGAGUAGCCUGGUCGCUGAGCUCCGGCAACGCCCGCAGACGGCUCCUUUCUCAGUCCCAGGCUAUGCUCCUCACAUCCUACCACCAGAGUAUGCUGGCUCCAGCACAUCCUCUUCCCGUCUGGCAGUGCCUGUGCCUCCUAUACCAUCUACGGUCAGCAAGUCCAGCAGCGUCCGCAGUGCCCGCAGUUCCAGUACGGUCUCCACCAGUACUCGGGCUAGUGCGCGGAGUACGUACGGAACAGCCUCAUCGACGCUGCGCGGCUUUCUCAGUGGCAGCGCCUCGAAAGAGCGCAAGAAGCUGGAGAAGAUGAGAUCGGGCGCUGUGUGUGUUUCAACAGACCGACCUCCUCAGCUGGAGUGGGCGCCUCCUCCCCUUGACCUGGGGAAGUUCGAGUGA